AUGAGCACCGUGAGGCUGCUUCUCCUGGGCCUGAUGGCCACAUUUAGUGUGGCAGUGAAGUGUCGGGACAACUACAAGUACAAUGUCUACCUGCUGUUUGACUCCUCCUACAAUACAUCACGGACCGACUGGAACAGGAUGAAAGCUUUUACUUCCAAGUUAAUCAGUACGGUGGACGUCGGGCCCAACAAGGGCCACAUUGGAUUGGGCCAGUUUAGCCAGGAUUUAGAACCUAUUUUCGACCUGAGCGUGUAUAUCAGUAAAACUACAAUUCUUCAGGAGAUCACAGGUCUGAGACAACUGGCACCACAGAGAGCCACCGGCCAAGCUCUAGCGACAGUCAGGCAAUUAGGCUAUCUGACCAACAGCUUGCACGGGAGUCAGGCAGACGCUGCCACAGUCUUGGUUCUUUUCCUUGGUGGACCUUCCGACAACCAAACCUUAGCCAUAAGAGAAGCAACACAUUUGAGGAAAGAGGGCGUUCAAAUAUUUGUGGUCACCUAUCCGGUCAACUUGCCGGAAGCAGCAGCAAUAGCCGGCAGUGCUGCGCGUGUCAUCCUGCUGACCCCUUUGGGAAUUAUUGAUAACUUGCUGCUGACUUUGCUUAACCUUCUCUGUACAG